AUGAUUUUUCGCAACAUGGAACUCUGCCAGAACCGCGAGAAAAUGAGCGACGCCGUUUACGAUCUUCGCCGAACGAGAUCGCUGUCGAGCGAGAACGAAGUCUUCUUGAUGAACCACGACGAGCGAGACUGUAAAUCGCCGGUCGCUAAUCGGGAGUCCGUCGAAUACGCGUCCGACUCCAGCUGCGAAGGUUACAGAGAGUUUCAGAAACAAACACAGGGUGGAAGAAGAAAUUCGUCCCCGAUAGCCGCGUCCAGCGCUUUCACUAUCGACAGCAUCCUCGGAAGAAGCGAGAAGAGAGAUCAAACUUCGAGGAUGAUGACGGAGACUAGUCCCGGCGACAGAGAAGAGGAUCAGGACGAAACAGACGAUAGGACCGAAGGACAUUUUGUCAGACCUACCGCGAUACCGGCCACUCGUCCUGAUAUAGAAGGAAGUUUGUACAGCCAUACGGGACUGCCGUAUCCUGAAAGCACGUUACCCGACCCUACGGCGUAUUCUGCAACAUCACUCGCAUCGGCCUCUUUAUUGUACAGUAGCUGGUUUGCUCAAACAAAGCCUGGCCAACUGUUUGGCUUGCAAGCACCUAAACCGAGCGGCAGGAGGUCGAGGAAGCCGGGUAUCGAUCGGAAACCGCGUCAAGCUUACAGCGCGAAACAACUGGAGAGACUCGAGGCGGAGUUCAAGAUCGACAAGUAUCUCAGCGUGAGCAAGCGGAUGGAACUGUCCAAGUGUCUGAACCUGACCGAGGUGCAGAUCAAGACGUGGUUCCAAAAUCGCCGCACAAAGUGGAAGAAGCAGCUGACGUCGCGGCUAAAGAUCGCGCAGAGGCAAGGACUCUUUCCACCGACGUACUUCCCGACCACCCAGUACCCUCUCCUGCCGUACUACGCGGCGCCUUUGAUGUUCGGCAGCCCGUUAUCGGACGACGCGGGCUCUAACUUGCCGGCGCGACCCACUGUAUCGUCCUCGGAUACGGUCUGACACCGCACAGACUAGAACUACUUGGUCGAUCGUCGGCCGGCCGACCGCGAAGUGCAACAAGACCUUUUGUUGGCCAUCGCGAUGUCUUCGCAAUAUUUUUCCUGUUCUUUCUUUUCUCUUUUCUCUCGAUAUCAUUACAAGGAUGUAACGAGCUGAUGUAGAUUGCAACGCCAUUGUUGAUGAUUGAAGUACGAUUAUACAUGAUCGCGAUCUAAAGAUUCGCGUCGUUGCGAAGUGAUUUCUCUCUCACUCUCUCUCACUCUCUCUCUUUCUCUCUCUCUCUCUCUCUCUCUCUCUCUCUCUCUUUCCUUCUUUCAUUUUCUUUCCAGAUAUGUUUACUGUACAUAAGAUGCGACGAUCGUAAAUUUACUUUAUGCCUGCUGUGGAAUUUUACGCGAGAUUGAUCCCCGCUCUAGAUUUAUCCCCGUGACGUUAGUUUCAAUGAAAUAAAACUAGCGAGUAUAUUUGAGCAACAGAGGCAUACGUGUGCGACGCAAGGGAGGCGAUCUCGCGAGAUUGCGACGAUUUUCCUUGGGCUAGAUCGUUUUCGCUGUAUAUAAAAUGCGAUAAUUGUAGAUUUAUGUAACAAC